GAUGGAAAGCAAUCGAAAUUUGACGACAGCAGGUGAACAACUUACCAACAUUGGACGUGAUGAUAGCUCAUGUAGUGAUGACGGAAUCGACAAUCAAUCAGCCCAAUUUUAUUUUGGCAGGGUAACGCCUCCCAAAUCUUUAAUAGCAACUGAUCGUUUAAAGGCAGCGUGCAUAUUGGCAGAUAAUAAAAUAGGUAAUCAUGUUGGUCAGACCAAAGCAGAAUUAAGCUCGGAUUCUCUAGACGAAUUAUUAACUGGCUUGGAUAAAAAGAAAAUGGAUAUGACAACUUUAAGCAAUAGUGUUUGACAGGAACCCAAGUGCGAAAAUAAUAAGAUGCCGCAUAAAUCCACUCCAAA